AUGACUAAGGGGGCGCAACUACCUUAUUGGGAAGUUGCGACCGUGCGCAACCUAUUAGUAGUUGCGACCGUGCGCAACAUACCCAAGAGGAGUGGUGAAGAAAUAGGGGUCGACAGGUUAUUUAAAAAUAAGGAUAAGAGGGCAAGGAUAAAUAGGAAUAGGAAGGAUAGGAAGGGUAAGUGCAAUAGGAACAAGAAUAGCAAUAAGGAUGAGGAAGAUAAGGAUAAGAGGGAUAAGGAUAAGAAUAAGUGUAAUAGGAAGUGGAAGGGUAGGAAUAGUAAGAGGGACGAGGAUAAGAGGGACAGGAAGUGUAAGGAUAAGGAUAAGGAUAGGAAUAGUAAAGGGGAUAAGGAUAAGAAGGAUAAGGAGUACAAGGGUAGGAACAGUAAGAGGGACGAGGUCAAGUGUAAUAGGAAGUAUAAGGAUAGGAAUAAGGAGAGGGAUAAGGAUAAGAGUGAUAAGGAGAAGGAUAAGGAGUAUAAGGAUAGGAAUAGUAAGAGGGAUAAGGAUAAGAGUGAUAAGGUUAAGAGUGAUAAGAAUAAGUGUAAUAGGAAGUAUAAGGGUAGGAAUAGUAAGAGUGACAAGGAUAAGGAUAAGAGGGAUAGGAAGUAUAAGUAUAAGCGUAGGUAUAAGUGUAGGAAUAGUAAAAGGGAUAAGGAGAGGGAUAAGGAGUAUAAGGACAAUAAGGAUAGGAAUUAUAUAGGAUUUUCGUAUAUAGGUUUGGGUACAGUUAGGGUUUUGUUGACCCCCAAGGGUCCCAAAACAUAAAUGACUCGGACAUCAAAUAGAUUUUUGCAAUGUAUAAUGAAU